AUGUCUACCUCAAAGGUUUUCCUCUCUGGAUCCAGCGAGGCGCUCAAUGUCCAUCCAGUACUAUCACCCGCGUCCAAGAAAGACCUCGAAGACGCACUAGAUGAGACCAUGUCUGCCGAAGAUGCGCAGAAGAAAGCCUGGGUUGAGGACAAUCGGAGAGAUCUCUUCAACGCUUUCGCAACAGGUAGAAAAGUGGACCUUUCUUCGCAUAAGAACAUCGAGGUCUUCAGUGCAGUAGAGGGUACCGAUGAAGAUCUGCCAAUGAGGAAGUCCAUGCGCGGGACACAGACGGUCCAGAAGGUCAUGCUCUAUGUUGAGGGAACCGAAUGGACUCGCAGCUCUCGAGUCUUGGAUAAUCUUGCCGCCAUGAUCCAGGCGGAGGAUGCCGGAUUUCCAGACGACGAGGACUGGGCCGUUGUGGAGAAGCCGGUCGGGGGCCUUGGAUUCAAGCAUUGCAAAUCCUGA